GAGGCUUUAAGUAUGAGUGCAAGCUACUUUCUGAUUCAUGAAGUGUUGUAGAGCCACUCAAAACUUUAGUUUAAAUCAUACAUUUCACUUCUGCUGCACAAAGAUGCUACCAAAAAUGUUGCCAGACUAUGAUCCAAAUGACAAUGAAGCUGGCAUGAAGCUCCUGGAGGACCUUACGACAAAUGCAUAUGAAAUUCAGCAGCAAGUUCUCAGGGAGAUUCUUACUCGAAACGCACAAACCGAAUAUCUAAAAGGGUUCUUGAAUGGGCAGUGUGAUGAGGAUUGUUUCAAGAAGAAAGUUCCUGUGGUGAACUAUGAAGAUAUCAAGCCUUAUAUUGAGAGAAUUGCCGAUGGAGAGCCAUCAGAAAUUAUCUCAGCUCAACCGAUUACUGAGCUGCUCACGAGCUCUGGAACUUCAGGAGGGCAGCCGAAAAUGAUGCCUUCAAGUGCUGAAGACUUGAACAGGAAGACAUUCUUUUACAAUAUGCUUGUGCCUGUGAUGAACAAGUAUGUGGAAGGAUUGGACAAAGGCAAAGGAAUGUAUUUGUUGUUCAUCAAACCAGAAAUUAGUACUCCUUCUGGGUUGAUGGCAAGGCCUGUGUUAACCAGCUACUACAAGAGCAGUAACUUCAGGAACCGCCCGUUUAACCAGUACAAUAUCUACACAAGUCCUGAUGAAACCAUCUUGUGUCCAGACAGCAAGCAGAGUAUGUACUGCCAAUUACUCUGUGGAUUAGUCCAACGCGAUGAUGUGCUUCGAGUUGGUGCAGUUUUCGCUUCUGCUUUUCUGCGCGCGAUAAAGUUCUUGGAAGAUUACUGGAAGGAGUUAUGCAGCAACAUAAGGACUGGCCAUGUCAGUGACUGGAUCACUGAUCCUGGCUGCAGAGGUUCUGUGUCAUUAGUUCUUGGCGGCACGAAUUCAGAAUUGGCAGAUUUGAUAGAGGAGCAAUGCAGUGGAAAGUCAUGGGAGGGGAUAAUAAAAAACCUGUGGCCUAAAACUAAGUUCAUUGAGGUUAUUGUUACAGGUUCCAUGGCUCAAUACAUCCCAACACUUGACUUUUAUAGUGGUGGACUCCCUUUAGUUUCAACGAUGUAUGCCUCUUCUGAAUGUUACUUUGGGAUCAAUUUUAAGCCUCUCAGCAAGCCUUCUGAUGUUUCCUACACUCUCCUUCCAAACAUGGCCUACUUCGAGUUCUUGCUGGUCGAGAAAAACAAUGGAGAAUUGACUCAAAAAGUCCACUGCAAUGGUGUUUCUGAUAAGAAUUGCAUACAAGCCAGUGAUGAAAAGGAGGAAUUUCAAACUUUAGAUCUCAUGGAGGUCAAGCUUGGUCAGUACUAUGAACUUGUCGUCACAACUUUUACUGGCCUAUACAGAUACAGAGUUGGGGACAUUCUUAUGGUAACCGGCUUCCACAACAAGGCGCCGCAGUUUCGCUUUGUGCAGCGAAGAAACGUCGUGUUGAGCAUCGACACAGACAAAACGAACGAGGAAGAUUUAUUGAAAGCAGUGACGCAAGCUAAGUGCCUCAUCGAGCCUCUCGGAUUCCUGCUGACAGAAUACACAGGGUAUGCUGAUACAUCUUCGAUUCCGGGACAUUAUGUACUGUUUUGGGAGCUGAAAAUGAAGGGAAGCAACGAUCUGCCGGAGCUUGAUGCUGAAAAAAUGGAGCAAUGUUGCUCAAAAGUGGAGGAAAAUCUGGAUUCUGUGUAUAGGAGGUGCAGGAAAAAGGAUAAGUCAAUUGGGGCACUGGAAAUAAGAGUGGUGAAGCAUGGAACAUUUGAUGCAUUAAUGGAUUUUUGUGUGUCAGAGGGGUCUUCUGUGAACCAAUACAAAACACCAAGGUGCAUCAAAUCUGAAGAAGCCAGAAAGUUAUUGGAUUCCAAGGUGGUAGGGAAGUUUUUCAGCAGAAAAACUCCAUUCUGGGAGCCAUUUAGAAUGGAAAUUAACUAAUA